UUCAUGCUCCAUGUAUUGAAAAUGUGCUUGUUGGACGCCAAAACCUUUCCUGAAUAUUACCUGAGGAAACAAUUUUAUAUUUCAGGUAUUCCCGUUAUUCAAGAUUUGCCGGUUGGAGUUGAAAUGUAUGAUCACCCCACCUUUCCUGGAAUUUUCUUCCGACUAAAUGAAAGUAUAGAUAUUAACCUGUUGAAGGCACUAACAAAUCCUUCAACGUACAAUGAAUAUUUCAGGGAAUAUAGAGGAAUGUUCACAUCUAUAGGUGGAGUUGAAGCAAUGACAUACAUAAGAACAAAUGUUUCAUCAGAUCCAGAUCUUUCCUAUCCUGACAUGGAAUUGUUUUUUGUUAGUGGAUCGUUAAAUAGCGAUUACGGUGUUGCUUAUAGAAAAAUUUUCAAUAUUCCGCCUGCUACAUAUGAUAAAAUUUGGAGGCCCUUAGAGGGAAAGCCGGUAUAUCAAAUAUUACCUAUGCUAGUUCAUCCAAAAUCCAAAGGAUACAUAGAAUUGAGGUCUAGAGAUCCAUUAGAUUCACCCAAAUUCUAUGCAAACUAUUUGUCUGAUCCUGAAAAUCAUGAUGUCAGAACUUUCAUAGCGGCAAUAAGGGAAAUACAAAGGAUCAGCCAAAGUCCGUCUCUACAAAGAUAUGGAGCUCAAAUAGUUGACACUAAAAUACCUGGUUGUGAAGGCUACCAGUUCAAUAGUGACGAAUAUUGGGAAUGUUCGCUGAGAACCGUCAUUGGCAGUCUCUACCAUCAAGUUGCUACUUGCAAAAUGGGUCCUAAGAAUAAUGGAGCAUCAGUAGUAGAUCCUCGUUUGAGAGUUCAUGGAAUAAAACAGUUACGUGUGGUCGACACAGGUGUUAUACCACUUCCUCUGACUGCUCAUAUAAAUGUGCCAGCGUAUGCCAUUGGAGAGAAAGCUGCUGAUUUGAUAAAAUCUGAUUGGUUCAACAAAUGAUUUCGUUGGGCACAGCCAUGAAUUACUUUAUAAAGCAUAAGGAACUACAUUCAGAACUGAUUAAGUUUAUAUUUAAUUAUGUUGGCAAUACAUAUACAAAGAUAUUGUAAAUCUAAUACCACUUCUCCAUUGAAACUUUUAUUGAACUAUCAAAAUACGACCAUAAUUUUUUCAUACAGGGUCUGUAUUUUUAUGCUCACUUAUACUUAGGCUUGUCCUUCAAGGACAAUCAAGAACAACAAUUAAAUCAUAGUUCAGCCCAGCAUUACUUAUGAGACUUUUGGCAAGUUGAGAAAUUUCGAAAAUCCACCAAAAUGAUAUUUACCAGCAAAAUAUGUAACUUUUUUUAAGGGUAUCUGGAACAUGCAAUAAAUCAAUAUACAGUUUGAGAUCGAUAAUAGGCCAUUUUUCUCAAACAAUAGUGCGUAAAUUUUAUUACUUAUUGACUUCCUUAACUUUUCUCGAAAAAUAAAGAGUAAAAUGUUAAAAAUUGAUGGAUGUAGCCGUUACUACGUGGUAGGAGAUCAUAAUGAAAAGAUAAAUGAAAAUUUCUAUUUUUUACCACUUAAAAGUGGUAAAAAAUAUAGAAAUUUCCAUUUCUCUUUUUAUUAAAGAUGAUGUUUUUGAGCAUUUUUGAGUAUUCUAAUCAUCCUAGUUAAAUCAUUUUUGAAUGAUAAAAAAACAAUAAUUUUUUAUUUUCAGAGAACUUUCUCCGUGAAAUUUUGAUCAAAAUUUUUUCAGUUUAUUUUUAUGGUGUAACUGUUGAAGAAUUAUUUUCAUAAUUCAUUAAUGUUUUUGUAUAUGUAUAUGUUUACCUGUAGUUAUUAGAUUAUAGACGUAAUAAAAAGUGAGUCAAGUCAUUCUACAA